GGUGGGAAUUGAGAAUUGGUGGGAAUUUAGGAACAGUUUCAACGACGCGUUCCGUUGACGAGAUUCGUUCGUGCGUUGCUCUCUAAAAGGGCAAUGAUACGAUGAAUACUAUCAGGUGUUUUGUGUUCGUGUUCACAAUUACAAGUAAUUCAUUUACUUCUGCGUAUGAUGAAUGUAACGAGCCACUUUUGGAGAGAGCUCACUUAACAGCCACUACGUCAUUGCCCGAAAGAGGUCCGAAUAAUGCCAAACUCAAUGGAGGUUCUACGUGGUCACCAGAGCUUAGCAGUUAUGAUCAACAUCUUACUGUGGAACUGGGAGACAGAUAUGAGAUACGCAGCAUUGCCACACGAGGUCGUGCUCAUACUAAUGAAUAUGUGACAGAAUACAUUGUCCAGUAUUCUGACGAUGGUCAAGCCUGGGCCAGUUAUGAAAGCCAGGAUGGUGUAGAUGAGAUGUUUAAGGGUAACACAGAUGGUGACACCACAAAACUUAAUAAAUUCGAAGUACCAAUUAUUGCACAAUGGAUUAGAAUAAAUCCAACACGAUGGCGCGAUAGAAUAUCCUUAAGAAUAGAAUUAUAUGGAUGUAAUUAUGUGUCCGAUGUUCUUUCCUUUAAUGGUUCAUCUCUUCUGCGAUAUGAUUUGUUGAGAGAACCUAUAGAAACAGACAGACAUUUUAUACGUUUUCGAUUUAAAACAAAUAACGCUGAUGGAGUUCUAAUGUAUUCACGCGGUACACAAGGAGAUUAUAUAGCUUUACAAUUAAGAGAUAAUAGAAUGUUAUUAAAUAUCGAUCUUGGAUCUGGUAUUAUGACAAGUUUAUCCGUUGGAAGUCUUUUGGAUGACAAUAUGUGGCACGAUGUUUUAAUAUCUCGCAACAGAAAAAAUAUUUCAUUCUCUGUAGAUAGAGUAUUAAUCAAAGGAAGAAUAAAAGGAGCAUUCCAUAGAUUAGAUCUAAAUAGAGCACUUUACAUAGGUGGCGUACCUAACAAACAGGAUGGUUUAGUGGUUAAUCAAAAUUUUACAGGAUGCAUAGAAAACUUUUACUUAAAUUCAACAGGCAUUAUUCACGAUUUAAUAAAUACUGAAAUCACCGGUGAAAAUUUAAGAUACUACAAAGUAAAUACGGUUUACAGUUGUCCAGAACCACCUAUUAUUCCUGUUACAUUUUUGACUCAUGGAUCAUAUGCCAGACUUAAAGGAUACGAAGGAAUAUCCUCUUUGAACGUAUCUCUUACUUUUCGAACAUACGAAGAUAAGGGAAUUAUUUUGUAUCAUCAGUUUACUUCGCCAGGAUAUGUAAAGCUAUUUUUAGAAAACGGCAAACUUAAAGUUGAUAUCCAAACAAACGAAAGUCCACGAGUAACUUUAGAUAAUUUCGAUGAAAAUUUUAACGAUGGUAAAUGGCAUCAAGUUAUUCUAACAAUUUCCAAGAACAGUCUUAUUUUGAAUGUCGAUGGAACGCCUAUGAGGACUAAACGUAUGUUAAAAAUGAUAACUGGACCAGUGUAUUUGAUCGGUGGUAUGAUUGGGGUAGAAAGUAAUCGCGGUUUCGUUGGUUGUAUGCGAAUGAUAAGCAUCGAUGGUAAUUAUAAGAUACCAACUGACUGGAAGGAGGAGGAAUAUUGUUGCAAAAACGAGAUUGUUUUUGAUGCGUGUCAAAUGAUGGAUCGCUGUAAUCCAAAUCCAUGCAAACAUUCUGGGAUUUGUCGUCAAAAUUCUGAUGAAUUCUUCUGUGAUUGUGCCAAUACAGGAUAUACUGGAGCCGUAUGCCAUACUUCCUUAAAUCCUCUUUCGUGCGAAGCGUAUAAGAAUAUUAAUUCAGUCAGUCAACGAGCAGACAUCAAGAUAGACGUUGACGGAAGUGGUCCAUUGAAACCAUUCCCUGUAGUCUGCGAAUUCUAUACCGAUGGACGCGUGAGAACGAUUUUACGACAUAAUAAUGAACGUAUGACACCCGUAGACGGGUUCCAAGAGCCAGGUAGUUUCGUUCAAGAUAUAAUUUACGACGCAGACAUGGAUCAAAUUAUAGCUCUUCUCAAUAGAUCCAUGAAUUGUAGGCAGAGGAUUAGUUACGAAUGUGUACAUUCCAAGUUAUUUAAUUCACCAGUAGCUCAAGGAGAUUAUUUUAGACCGAAUUCGUGGUGGGUCAGUAGAAACAAUCAAAAAAUGGACUAUUGGGGAGGUGCAUUACCUGGUUCACGUAAAUGUGAAUGCGGUAUACUUGGAAAUUGCGCGGAUUCUACUAAAUGGUGCAAUUGCGAUGCCGACUUGGAUGGUCCUCUCGAAGACAGUGGCGAUAUUACAGAAAAGGAAUAUCUUCCUGUGAAGCAAUUGCGAUUCGGUGAUACCGGUACGCCGGUCGAUGACAAGAAGGGUCACUACACGCUAGGUCCCCUUAUUUGCGAAGGCGAUGAUUUGUUCAUGAACGUAGUAACAUUCCGCAUUGUUGAUGCUACCAUCAAUCUACCAACCUUUGAUAUCGGUCACAGCGGUGAUAUCUUUUUUGAGUUCAAAACAACCAUAGAUGACGCUGUAAUAAUCCACAGUAAAGGACCGACAGAUUAUAUAAAGAUCUCCAUAGUCAGUGGAAACCAGAUUCAGUUCCAGUAUUUGGCAGGCAGUGGUCCACUUACUGUGAGCGUGCAAACAUCGUAUAGAUUGGCUGAUAACCGAUGGCAUUCAGUGUCGGUCGAACGAAACCGUAAGGAAGCUAGAAUCGUGGUCGACGGAGCAUUGAAGAACGAAGUGCGAGAACCUCCAGGCCCAGUAAGAGCGCUUCACCUCACGUCGGAUCUCGUGGUUGGUGCUACGACAGAAUAUAGGGACGGUUACGUGGGUUGUAUCAGAGCCCUUCUUCUAAACGGUCAGUUGCAAGAUUUAAGAACCUAUGGACGACAAGGUCUGUACGGAAUUUCUGAAGGUUGUAUGGGCAAAUGUGAAAGCAACCCGUGUCUCAACAACGGUACGUGCCAUGAAAGAUACGACGGAUAUUCGUGCGACUGUCGUUGGACCGCGUUCAAAGGUCCUAUUUGCGCAGACGAAAUUGGUGUAAAUAUGCGGCCCAGUUCCAUGAUAAAGUAUGAUUUCAUGGGUAGUUGGCGUUCAACGAUUUCUGAGAAGAUUAGAGUCGGUUUUACAACAACGAAUCCUAAAGGAUUUUUGCUCGGUCUCUUUUCAAAUAUUUCUGGAGAAUACAUGACGAUUAUGGUAUCGAACAGUGGACAUUUGCGCGUUGUUUUCGAUUUCGGUUUCGAGCGUCAAGAAGUUAUAUUUCCCAAUAAGCAUUUCGGUUUAGGACAAUAUCACGAUGUCCGAGUAGGCAGAAAGAAUUCUGGAGCAACUCUCGUGUUGCAAGUGGAUAAUUACGAGCCGAAAGAAUUUCAUUUUAACAUUAAAGCUUCUGCCGAUGCACAGUUCAAUAAUAUUCAAUAUAUGUACAUAGGAAGAAAUGAAUCCAUGACAGAGGGAUUUGCUGGUUGCAUAUCUAGAGUAGAAUUCGAUGAUAUUUACCCUCUGAAAUUAUUAUUCCAAGAAAACGGGCCAGAAAACGUUCGUUCCUUGGGCACCUCGCUCACCGAAGAUUUCUGCGGUGUAGAACCAAUUACGCAUCCACCCGAUAUCGUCGAAACCCGUCCACCACCACAGGUAGACGAAGAAAAAGUUCGAGCUGCUUACAACGAAACCGAUACAGCGAUUUUAGGAAGUGUUUUAGCUAUUAUUAUUAUCGCGUUAGUGGUAAUGGCAGUGCUUAUAGGAAGAUACAUGUCGAGACACAAAGGUGAAUAUUUAACGCAAGAGGAUAAAGGUGCGGAGAUAGCGUUAGACCCAGACUCAGCAGUUGUUCAUUCAGCAACGGGACAUCAAGUUCAAAAGAAGAAAGAAUGGUUUAUUUAAAUAUAAAAUUACGCUAUUAUAUUAUUAAUGCCAGAAUAUUUAUAGAUAAAUAUGCUUAUAAGUGCACUUUCAAGUGUCAUGCGAAAAGUUUUAUAAAACGUGAAUAGUACUAACGCGAAACUCCAUUUCGCUGUUUCGGUUUAUAAUCGUGUAAAAUGAUAGCAAACGCUGAUAAAUUUUCAUUCAUGGAAUACAAUCAGUUUAUCGAGUAUUUUCUAACGAAAAAUAUCAGACUGAUAAAGGUAAGGAAAUUUUCCUUAGAAGAUUCAUCAAUGAGCAUACAAAUUUUUGUUCUAUUAAUGUUUAAUGAGGUAUGCAUCGAUUUUCGAUUUACGUAUAAAAAUUAAAACAAAUUGUCAUUAACGAAGAUAACAGGAAUAACAAUUAUAGAUAUUUCCGCAAAGAAAUUCAUGUAAUUGUUUAUGAUUAACUGUUUGAAGAUACUGCUUUUUUAUUUGGUUUUAUCUUUUAAAGUAAAGAUUACCAUUAUACUUGUAUCACUUUAUUACUAAAAUUAUAGUUUUAAACUUAUUUCGAUACAUAACGCGAAUCGUAAUGCGUAUGAUAUUCGUAGCGAGUUAUUGAAAAUAAGAAGUAGCGAAAAACCGUUCACAGACUGUUGUUAUCAUAGAUCGCGGGGUGCAUAAGUAUUUAUUAUGUACUUUUGUAAUUUAGACCUAACAUUACGACAAGAUAGUAAUACGCUAGAUACUUGUUUAUUUUACCAUUUAGUCAUUUUAGAAACGAGAGCAGUUACUCAUUUUUUUAUAUUUUAUACGAUAUCAAUUAUUUUUAACAUUAUUUACCAAAUUAUUAAGAAUCCAUUGAAAAAUAUGAAUCAUAUAAAAAAUAAGUCUGUGUCUCGUGUACAAAUUCUGUUAUUUCUUUUAUCGGCGAUUACUUGUAUAUACAAAAUGUCCAAACUUCAUCAUUUUUGUUGCAUGUAAAAUACUUUCCUUACUGCGAGAAAUAUUUUUAGUAUUAUUUCUUAUGCUUACCGUCCAAAGUGCAUUUUAAUUUCUUUUUGUAUUUAUUUUAUUUACAUUUGUUUAUUGUGUAUUACAGAUAUUUUAUUUCUUUUUGAUAUUUUCUUUUCUCCCUUUCGAAUUUUAGUGAUCCGAAUUCACAAUUGUAACCUAAUAUUCACCUAGUAUCAAUGAUAUCGUGUACGGUACGUGCAACAGUGAGAGUGUACAUACGUCAUUUUUAUACAAAGAAAAUGUUUUACUGUAUUAAUAUGCCAGUGUAUAUUUUAUAUACUGUAUUCACAGCAGAACGCAUGUGCUGCUCAAUAAAAGUAAAAAGUCUUCAUUA